AUGACCGCCAGCGGUGUUGAUUUGUUGUCAAUUGAAGCUAAUGAAGCUCAGCACGACGCCGUUCUGGACUACUAUGGCAGGCGGUUGGCAACAUGCUCUUCGGACAAGACGAUCAAGAUCUUUGAGGUUGAGGGCGAGACUCACAGGCUAGUCGAGACAUUGAAGGGACAUGAGGGCGCUGUAUGGUGUGUAGCAUGGGCGCACCCUAAGCACGGCAAUAUCCUCGCCUCUUCUUCAUAUGAUGGCAAGGUCCUCAUCUGGCGCGAACAAGGCGGCGCCUGGCAGAAGAUUUACGACGUUGCGCUCCACACCGCUUCGGUCAAUCACGUCGCCUGGGCACCCCACGAAGCCGGCUGUCUCCUUGCUUGCGCCUCCUCCGACGGCAACGUUUCGGUCCUCGAGUUCAAAGACCACGACUGGACAAACCAAGUCUUCCAAGCCUGCGGCUCGGGCGUAAACAGUGUUUCGUGGGCACCAGCUGUUGCUCCCGGCCAGGUCGUCAGUGCGAGCGGAAAUCAGGCCGGUACCGCGCGACGAUUCGUCACUGGUGGCAGCGACUGCCAGGUCAAGCUUUGGGAGUUCAGCGCAGAGACAGGGAGCUGGCAAAACACACAGGUCCUGCCCGGCCACACAGACUGGGUCCGCGAUGUUGCGUGGUCGCCAACUGUCCUCUCGAAGUCAUACAUUGCCUCUGCAUCUCAAGACAAGACUGUGCGCAUCUGGACAUCAUCGGAUCUGCACGAAUGGAAGUCAACCGUCCUCAAUGUCGAUGCCGCCGCGUGGCGUGUAAGCUGGAGUCUGAGCGGCAACGUACUCGCAGUCAGCACCGGCGACAACCGAGUCAGUCUGUGGAAGGAGAGACUGAGCGGCGGAUGGGACUGUGUCAAGACGAUCGAGGAGUAG